GUGCGAUUUUGUCAAACCCUUUGUUUCAGCCAGGGUGCACCAAGCGGGAACUGAUAACAACUUUGACUUUGCUGUUUUCUUGUCCAGCUAGUUCUUUUGUUCAGAUCUGUUGUUAUUGACAACCAGCAGUCAUGGUCAGCAUCAACAAUUGCAGCAUGAAUGAGCUUAAAAUGUCACUUAUGAACAACAGCAGCAUAAGCAAUGGGCCGGAAAAAGAGAAAUAUUUCACCUUUGCCAAUCCAGAGAUCAACCGAUCACUACACGUCGUUGAUGCAGAUUACGGGGUUUUCGAGUCAAAUAAGCGCAAGAGAAUGGGGAACUUGAGAAUGAAGACUCAUAAUUUCAUCAAGAAAUUCAAAGAGAAGGAACCAAGCAACUACGUUGUUCUAGACGAUGAUGAAGGUGAUCUGAGAUUACGUCCUGAACCGGAGCUAGUUCGGUCCCACAUCAACCAGCCUAGAUUUAAUAACAUUCCUGCUCGAAAAAGCAAGCAUACUCCUUCAUAUAUGCUGCCAACACUGGACAGUGAUUCGGAUGACUACAGCUUAUCCAGCAGCUCCGACUCUGAGAGUGUCCUCCCGUCUUCAGCGAAAAGAAGCUCAGAUUAUGACAUAUCACAAAUCAAACCAUCCCUCCAGUUCUCAGCUCAGAAAAGAAACCUUUUCCAGCGACAGGCAGAGCUACCCACGAUGCAAAAAUCGAAGGUCGAGGCACAAUACGAUGCACUCAAACUCAAGGCCGCCAAAUACAGAGCCGAAAGAAACAUGCAACGGGCAAAGUUAGAGAACCACAAGAUGGCUCUUAAAUUACGUGAAUAUGAAUACUACUGUGUGAACGGGAUCGACCAUCAACAGGUGAACUUGGACAGUGGAAAUGAUAGGAUGCUCGAAUACGGCCGUGAUCAUCUGAACAUAGAUUACCGCCAACGGCGCAAGGAAAGUAAAAAGAGAGCACCAUUUUUUAGAACAACAGCAUCUUCCAAACACGCACGAGUACAACCCGGUUUCCUUGACCAGCUCUCUAGAAACUUGCCACCAGAGGCAGCGAUGUUCAUCGAAUAUUACGGAGAUAUGAUCCCCUCCACAACAACGAUACGAGAGUUCCACAGCGCGGUGCUUGGCUGGGUAUACACGGUGCCCCUACUUUCACUUGUUUACCCACUCCUUUACAUCUUGGGAACUUUUAUCCCUAGACAAACAAAACGUUCGUGGAGCUUCCGGGCACUGUUUGUGGGUUUUUUGGAUUUGUGCAUUCUACUCGUCACAGGUUGGGCAAUCUACAACAUUUUCAGUUACUCAGCUUUCUUUGUUUCAAAGUUGUUCCAGGUAGUACGUUUCCUAAGAAUAAUAUAACAGUCAAGAUUGCAUCUUUUCAGUUCUUCAUUUCCUCAAUUUAUAGCAGUUUUCAAAUCCAUUCUUAACAGAGUGGUUUUUUAGCAUAGUUAAUGUAACGUUACAAAACCAACAAAUAUACGCCCCGGUUACAAUAGGUCGAGAAGGCGAUUUAAGAAAAG